AUGCGUGCUCCCAAGAAUGUGCCGAAGAUCGUCCUAGCUGCUGCCGUGACCUCGAUUACAAUUGCAGGAACUCUUUACGGCGCUGGGAUGAAAACCGAGCAAGAAGUUGUCAAGAUUCAGAAGAGUCGAGAAGCUAGCAUCGACGAGCGAAUCACGUCUCUACAGGCCACGCGGCAGAACCUGAUGUCUAAGAAGGAGUUAGUCGAAAGACAGAUUGACGACCUCGAAAGGAGAAUCCAGGAAAGGACGCAAAAGGGCCUUGAUGGGAGCAAGAAGGAUCUACCUCAUAACGGACGGUGA